CGAAUAAAUUUUAUCGGUGGCUCACAGUUAAAGUAAAAUAUUAGAAAUUACCUCUUAAUUGCACACUUGUGAAACAAUUAAUUUCCGCCCUAUUGCAUGCUCAUAUGGCUCAUGAUUUAACUAUGCUUCAUGCACCUUUAAUAAGGUACUCCCUCUGUCCCAAAAUGUAAGGCGCCUAAGGAUUGGUCAAAAGUCAAAUCUUGCUAACUUUGACUAAAUAUUUAGAAAAAAAUAUCUACAUCUUCAACAUUGAAUGGACACAUUAAGAAAAUAUACUUUAUGCUGAAUCUGUUGAUACUGAUUCAGUAUUGUAAUUGUUCAUAUUUUUGUGUAUAAACUUGGUCAAACUUAGAAUACUUUGACUUUUGACUAAUCCUUAGACGCCUUACAUUUUGGGACGGAGUGAGUAUCAUAUUUCGAUUAUAGUUUUCUACAUAUAUUAUUAUUACUCUACAUAUAUUAGUAUUACUUCCAUGCAAUACAUAUUAGUAUAAAAGUAUGAAUCACGAGCUUUACUUAUAUAUCGCCAAUUCGUCAUGUUGCUCUUGCUGAUUUACAGUUAAAUGAUGAAAUCUGAUUACUUUAAUUUUGCUCAAGUUUGUGAAUACAGCUUGUGAUGUAUACAAUUCUUAUGUUGGUGGUCAAAUAUUUAUUCCAUGUUUGUAGAAUGUAAAUGAUCUGGAACUUAAAAUGGAAAGCUUGUUACAAGGCAGAGUAAAGCUUGCUUUCUGUAUACUCACUGCAAGAUGAUGUGGCGUAGUAAGCAUCGGCUCUAAAUAGUCCUUUCACUACACAAUCAUGGUUGGCUCAGUUGCUUGUGAAUCAUCAGACAAAGUUACCAGCCUCAAGUCACAUUUGGUGUCACUGGAGAGAAAAAAUGCUGAACUGAAAAGUCAGAUUAAUGAACUGUCCAUGAAACUUCAGUUGGCUGGACAAGGAAAAAAUGAGUCUCUCUAUAAGGCUGGUCCUUUUGGAACUGUCAAGGCUUUGAGAACGAAUCCAACAGUAAUACCUGAUGAAUCUGUUAAUCCCAGGCUGGCCAAGAUACUGGAAGAAGUUGCAGUAAAGAAGGAGCUCGUUGUUGCAUUAGCAAACUCCAACGUAAGGGAGAUGCUUGAAGUUUGGUUUACCAACAUCAAGCGAGUUGGCAUUCCAAAUUAUCUUGUUGUAGCAUUGGAUGACAAUAUAGAGAACUUCUGCAAAUCAAAUGGUGUCCCAGUUUACCGCCGGGAUCCUGAUGAAGGCGUCGACAGCAUUGCAAAAACUGGUGGAAACCAUGCAGUUUCUGGACUGAAGUUUCGUGUUUUAAGAGAGUUCUUGCAGCUUGGAUAUAGUAUUCUCCUCUCUGAUAUUGAUAUUAUUUUCUUGAGGAAUCCCUUUGAUCACCUUUACAGAGAUUCUGAUGUUGAGUCAAUGAGUGAUGGUCACACCAAUAUGACAGCUUAUGGUUUCAAUGAUGUGUUUGAUGAGCCCUCUAUGGGUUGGGCUAGAUAUGCGCACACAAUGCGGAUUUGGGUUUACAACUCUGGAUUUUUCUACAUAAGACCAACGAUUCCAGCAAUUGAACUUUUGGAUCGAGUAGCUGGACGCUUGUCUCGGGAGAAAGCAUGGGACCAAGCAGUUUUUAACGAGGAACUCUUCAUUCCGUCUCACCCAGGCUAUGAAGGUCUUCAUGCGUCCAGAAGAACUAUGGAUAUGUAUCUGUUUAUGAACAGCAAAGUUCUCUUCAAGACUGUAAGGAAAGAUGCUCAGCUCAGCAAGUUAAAGCCAGUAAUUGUGCAUUCAAACUACCAUCCUGACAAGCUAGAUCGGAUGAAAGCUAUCAUCGAGUUCUACGUCAAUGGGAAACAAAAUGCACUGCAACAUUUCCCCGAUGGGUCAGAAUGAAAGCUAGCAUCGAAUUCUACGUCAACGGAAAUGAAAUGCCCUGCAACAUGUCCCUGAUGGGUCAGAAUGAUAAAUCUAUACCUUCUGGCACAUCAAAUCUACACCUAGUUGUGAGCUUGUGGGGGUUCUCUGGGCACUUUUUGCUAACGGGCAAGUUGAUCCGAUGAGAUAAUACUGGCAUAUAUGGAUCCAUUGAGUGUGAGCUGUUUUGACUUAUGCGUAAUCUCUAACCUGAACACUCAUGUACUGAACGUGUAACCUAGCAGCUUUGAUGGCAUGUUGUGUUGAUACUGAUUUGGAUAGUUGGGUGGUGUUUAUCUAUCGGUUUGCCUCUUUUCCUUUUGUUGUUGUUGGGGAUAAAACUCAUUAAAAUCUUGAAUAUAUUUAGUUUCGGAUUA